AUGUCUCAGCUGGUCUUCAGUAUAUGCUUGAAUUUUGAGGAAAUAGGCUCUAAUGCCAGUGAAGUUCAUCACAUCAAAGGGAAGCUCCCACCUGGACCUCCUCCUUUACCAAUUGUUGGAAAUAUUUUGCAAGUGGAUAUUAAAAAUAUCAUCACAUCUCUGAACCUACUGUCGAAAAAGUAUGGCCCUGUGUUCACUGUGUACCUGGGCAGGCAGCCCACUGUGGUGCUGCACGGCUACGAAGCACUGAAGGAGGCUCUGAUUGACCGUGGAGACGAGUUUUCUGGCAAAAUGCAGUCGUCGUUACUCAGUAAAGCCAACCAAGGGUUAGGAAUAAUUUUCAGCAAUGGAGAAAUAUGGAAGCAAACACGGCGUUUCUCCAUCAUGGCCUUAAGGGCUAUGGGGAUGGGAAAGAAAACUAUUGAAGACCUAAUUCAGGAGGAAGCCCUUUGUCUGGUGGAAGCAUUGAGAAAAACCAAUGGUGCUCCCUGUGACCCUAGCUUUCUUCUCGCCUGUGUUCCCUGCAAUGUGAUCUCUGCUGUCAUUUUCCAGCAUCGUUUUCACUACAAGGAUGAGACAUUUCUAGGCUUUAUGAAGAAUUUUCAAAGAAUUAUUGAAAUUUUAACAUCUCCUUGGGUCCAGCUGUGCAAUGCCUAUCCUGUUUUAUACUGUCUCCCAGGAAGCCAUAAUGAAUACUUCAAAAUUUUGGCUGAAAUAAAAGAGUUCAUUUUGAAGGAAAUAAAAAGACACCAAGAAUCUCUGAACCUUAGCAGCCCUCAGGACUUUAUUGACUAUUUCCUGAUUAAAAUGAAAAAGGAAAAGCACAAUGAAAAGUCUGAAUUUACUAUGGACAACCUGAUCGCCACCAUAUCUGAUCUUUUUCAUGCGGGAACAGAGACGACGAGCUCCACAAUGAAAUAUGGUCUUUUUCUCCUGCUGAAGCACCCAGAGGUCACAGCUAAAAUCCAGGAAGAAAUUGCACGUGUGAUUGGCAGCCAUCGGAGGCCCUGCAUGCAGGACAGGAACCACAUGCCCUACACAGACGCUGUGCUGCAUGAGAUCCAGAGACACAUUGAUCUUAUUCCCAUUCCUUUGCCUCGUACAACAACGCAGGAUGUGCAGUUCAGAGGAUACCACAUUCCCAAGGGUACAAGUGUAAUGACAAGUCUGACCUCUGUUUUGAAUGAUGACAAAGAGUUUCCCCACCCAGAGAAGUUUGAUCCUGGUCACUUUUUGGAUGGAAAGGGCAACUUUAAGAAGAGUGACUACUUCAUGGCUUUCUCAGCAGGAAGAAGAGCUUGUAUUGGAGAAGGUCUGGCCCGCAUGGAGAUGUUUUUAAUCCUGACCAACAUUUUACAAAAUUUUACUUUAAAACCUCUGGUCAAUCCAGACUAUAUUGAUACUACAACAGUUCAAACUGGUUUGUUGUCUCUGCCUCCAUCCUAUGAGCUCUGUUUCAUUCCAGUCUGAAGUUGGGUAGCUUUUCUCAUGGAUGACUGAGUCUCUUGUUCCACUUGUGAGCAAACAGGUCUUUCCUGUCCUAUGCACAUGUAUCUUGCAGACAUUUUUCAUGGAAGGCAUGCUACGUCUGAACUGUCCUAAGUUUUUCUCAGUUCUUUAUUAACCAGUUACUGUUUUCAAAUACAUAUGAAAAAGCUUCACUCUUUCCACAUAAAACUUUUGUUGCAGUGUGUGUGUCAGAUUUGCUACAUUUUCAUUUCAGUGCAUUGCAAAUGUAAAGUGCAUUAUCAGUCUCAUGACUUGUUUUAGUAAAAAGCAAGUGAGCAAUCAGAAUUUAUUCUGUGAUUUUCAAGAAAAUUAAUUAAAUGUGGAAGAAAAUAAUCACUCAGUCCGGUUUCAUUCAUUAUC